GGAUGAUGGUGGAUGGAGCAAACAAGGAGGAGGGUACUGGAAUUGAACAGAACAGCGAAGCAAUGAGUGACGAUGAGGCUGUCGUUUACGAGGAGGACGAUAUUAUUCAACCACCGAUGGAGGAUGGAGAAGCUGAGGUUGAUGUUGAGGACAUGUCAGAAAAGACGUUCUCACAGCACAACGGUUCAGUCUUCUGUGUUGCUAUAUCUAAAUCGGAGGAAUACGUCCUAACUGGGGGCGAGGACGAUCUAGCUUAUGUUUGGAAAAUAUCAGGAGAAGACACGUUCCACAAGAUAGAAGGUCACAAGGACAGUGUUUCUCACGUGGGGUUCUCAGCGAACGAUAAGUACUACUUCACGGCCGAUCUAUCCGGAUACAUCCAACUUUUCGAAUUUCAAGACAACAAGAAGAUCUGGGAGUUUGAAGUGGGUGAUGUAUUGUGGGUGAUGUGGCACCCUGUUGUUCCUAUCCUCCUGGCGGGGGCUGUUGAAGGGGGCGUGUGGAUGUGGAAAGUUCCUGCUUUUGAAACGAAAACGAUACAGUUGUCUGACAAGCCGCCUGUUGAUGCCACGUUUUUAUCAACCAACCGUCACCUGGCAGUCGGGUAUCAAGACGGGACAAUGAAAGUUAUCGACUUAAAAACUGGAGAAGCAACAGUAUCAGUGGAAACGAAACGAGAAAUAACGGCUAUUGGAGUCUCACCCGACGACAACCUCGUAAUGUUGGGCACCCCACAUUCCUCCGUGGUACUGGUUACCGUCCAGACUGGUAAAAUUAUCGCCACCCUAACUGAGCACCAGGCAGGUUACACCGCUCCUGAGGGAGCUGCCACUGACUCCGUGGAACACAUCGCCUUCCACCCUAAGAGACCUGUGGUGGCGGUCUCCUACGUGGACAACAAAGUGUGUUUGUGGGACCAUGGUCUGCAGAAGUUGAGACACACCCUACACCACCCUGAUGGAGUUGUUAAAAGCUUUUGGGCGGGAGACUCCGAGCACCAUCUCGUGACUUGCUGUUUGGAUGGACUUGUCAGGGUGUGGGACGUGGAUCAGAACCAGACCAUUGUUGAGGUCACCGGACAUCAUGAUCAGAUACUUGAUAUGAAGAUUUCAGAUAAUUUAGUCGUUACUGCUGAUGAUUCGGGGUUUGUUAAAGUUUUCAGGAUUGCUUGAUAUGAGCCUAGCUGCUAGGUUUGUUUUUACUUUUAGCUAUUUAUUUUGAUAUAUUUUAACUGAAUACAUUGAAA